AUGCAUGAAUCACUUUUCUAUUGUCGUCGACCAUACACAAUCAUCGAUCUUUUCCGAGACAAUAAUACAGCAUCAUGUAAAAAUAAUGACGGUAUAUCUCAUCUCAUGUCUCAUAUGCGAACAGAUCAAGUCAAUAUCAGCACUGUUCUACAUACAUGGAGAUCAGGUCUCGAACAAGUCGAAAAAUAUUCACGUUAUCUUCGAGAUCCUCCUCAUCAUCAUUCUGAUGGAUAUCUCUGUCAAUGUACGCAUCCACAAGCAUUUGGUAAGAACUGUGAAUAUCAACUACCUAUUGGAACAACAUUCGACGAAACACUUCGAUGGCAGUUCGAAAAGAAACCUCCAACUCCGUGGGAUGUACAGCGCUAUGGUAAUAUUACUUGUUAUGAAACAUUGAAAUGUGAUUUUGGAUUGUUGUGUCUUGAUUGGCGCGAGAUCUGUGAUGGUGUUCAACAUUGCAUGUAUGGAUAUGACGAGGAAGAUGAGAAUCUCACUGAAUGUCGACAAUGGUGGGUUUGUCCGGAGAACUUGAUACAAUGUCGAACAGGAGAAUGCAUUCAGAAGCGUUGGAUUGAUGACGAAGAAUGGGAUUGUAUUGAUGGAUCGGAUGAUCAUCAAGCAUUAAAUAAUAUGAUCGACUAUAUAAGAAAGAAAAAGUCGAAACCUAGUCCGGAUAAUGAAUUAGAACUACUCUUCAGUCGUUGUAAUCGAACACAUCCAUUUCCAUGUCUUGCUCUGAACCUUUCGCGUGAAAAUUCUUGUAUUAGUCUUGAUCGGAUUGGCAAUGAUGAGAUCGAUUGUGCUGGAGCCAUCGAUGAACGAAAUACGCUACAACAUUGUGAUCAUACAUUGAUGCUUGGAAGUGAUUUUCAAUGUCUCUCGACUAAUACUUGUAUUCCAUAUUUGUUUCAUUGUCGACAUAAAAAGCGAUGUCCUAAUCCAAUUGAUGAUCAUCAUUGGUGUUCUCGUCAACAUCAAUUAUCAGCAGAUUGUGUUACUGCGCAAGAUUUCGUCUGUUUCAACGGGACAUGUGUUCGAGGCAGUCGUUGCAACAACAUUUACGAGUGUUCAUUUGGUGAAGACGAAUACAUGUGUGAUUAUCGAAGUUGGAAAGCUGAGAAAGUCACUCGGUAUCGUUCAAGAAAAUAUAACCAGAUGAAACGAGCACAAGCAUCACUCCGCCUACCACAAUUUCCACCAACCUCGAAUAUGACUAAAUUUGUUUCUGAUUCGAUCUCCAAUUCAACAUCAUCUGUCCUAAAUUUAUCCAAGCAUCGCUUAGCAGACAGGGCUGCAUUUGAAUGUAAUCGUGGCGUUGAUCGAGGAACAACAGCAUCUGAUAGCCCAAGAACAAGUAAUACAUGA